UACAGCAGCAGCGCGGCGCUGAGCAGCGCGGCGCACAGCGGCACGGGCAGCGCGGCCAACCUGCGGGCGGAGCGGCGCGAGGCCUCAGCGGCGCCCGCGGCACCGCGCGACCGCCCCGGCAGCCCCGCCGCGACCCCCGGGACCCCCCCCUUACCGCGCGGCCCCGGGGGCGCGUGCGAGCAGCAGGCAGAGCAGCAGCGCGAGCGCCCACAGCCCCGCCAGCAGCAGCGCGCCCGGCCCCGCGCCCAGCGCCGCUCCCGCCAUGCCUCCGCGUCUUCUGCCUGGCAACCGCGCCGCUUCCGCCCAAUCGGCGCCGCCCGCCUCGCGCUCCGCGCUUCCCAUUGGCCGAAGGAAGGGGGGCGGCUUCAAGGCCUUCCCUGGGCCGCGAGGGCGGCCGCGCGCCGCGGCUCUGCCGGCGUCGCUGUGGGAGUUCGGGUUUGGCGCCCGCGAAGCGCCGCCCGUGGGACCCCGGAGCGCUCGUGGCCCCCAGCCCGCGGUGCCUGCACCCACGGGAGGCGGCGUGCGGGCGCCCGAGAGUUCAUCGGGAGAAGCCCCGCGGCCAGCAGGGCGGCAGCCUGUAUGCAGCGCCUCACCAAACGCUGCUCGAUCCGGGAUUCCAGCAUCUCCCAUCACGUCCCGUCACGGCGUGCGUCAGGAGAUCCAACACCAGCCCCAGUGCAAUCUUGGAAGGAGAACUGAAUUAUUUAUGGCAGAGUGGUCAAACGACAGAGAGUGAAGCACCAGGCCUGGUGUAAUUUCGUGUCUCCUGCAGCCAGUUAUGUAAAAAUGUAAAUAUUACAAGUUUUCUGUGUC